AUGUCAGGCCAGGGGUACCACAACUACGAACGCCCGGUGAGGACCUCCUCGGGUGAUGACGAGGAGGAGGACCCGUUAGAGACUAUGCUCAACCGAACCGGUUGUAAAGAAUUGCAUUAUUCACUGCAGGUAUGUAUCCAUGAAUGCCAUCCAUUAGAUCCCAUGCCUAAGACACACGCGUCCAUCCCAUUGAUAACACAGGACUGUAUGGCGGAGCACAGGGAUUGGCGCCGGUGUCAAGACUUGGUCCAGAAGUUCAAAGACUGUAUGAUAGCCUACGAGAAGACUAAAGCCCACCACAAGAAUAAUAGCGACAAAUGA